AUGGAGAGGCAGCAGACUAGUACACUUCAAAAGUUUGACGAUCCGAAAACAGAAAUAUUGAAAAAAAGAUUGUUGAAAGCUACGACCACGAACGUUAGUGGUAAUUUGUCGCAAAACAAUUCGCAGAAUAAUGUGCUAUUGAAUACUUUACGCGCGCCAAUCCCGAGCAGUAUGAUUGUAUCCUCGAUGCAGGCGCCUCAGAGCUCUAUGCCGAUCACUCACAGCUUAGUUACACACUCCAUAGCCCCUGUGAAGAUUCACACGAUGACCCAAGUGCCAGUUGGUUCUAAUUCCACUGUUGUACAAAUUCCCAACUCUCCUAAUAACUCAUUACAAUUAGCCCUUCCCAAUUCUGGAAAUCCUGGGCCAGUGCAACUACGUAAUGCUCCCAGGACUGUUCCUCAUGUUGUCUACAUUCAGACUCCUACUGGUUUAAAACCGGUUACAAGUACAGAAGUAAUUAGCCAAGCCAGUACUAGUGGAAAUCCUCCACAGAUUAUAGUGAGAAGACCGGUUACCACUAACUCAAACAUUCAUUUAAUAUCGAACAUGAAUAAUAAGCCGAAUAUAGCGCAAGUCCCCAAGGGCCCAGGGCCGAAUAAAGCUUCCAUUCUCGCACCCGCAAACACAUCGCAACCGAUCGUUAUCCAGAAGCCCAAGGCGAACGACAAAAUGAUGGUGCCAGUGAGCAUCGCCCCAGUGACCCAGGGCAAGCAGGCGAUCGCAUAUUUAGGCUCCGUAAAGAAGAACAACAGUAAGAACACAUCGGAGAACCAGUCCAUCCUCAUAUCGAACAACCAAUCGAACGUCAACGCUAACAACCAGAAACUGUUCUUGACCCCGAUGAACAUGCCGAAGAUACAAAACACGAAAUUCAUUCUGCCCGUAACGCUGCCGGCCACGAUGGCCUCCAAAGGUCCCAUCAUCAAUCUGCAGAUCGCCAACGGACAGAUACAGAACGAUCCGCAGGGGAAUAUCACCGUCAUGCGAGAUUCAGCGCCCAUAGACUCCUCUGACAUGCCGCCGCUCCAGCCCCUGCAACUGCUCAAUAUGAACGGCAAGGACAACAUGGUGCCUCAGAGUCCGAAGGGUGAGAAAUCCUUCGCCAUGUCCAUACCAGGAUCGCGAGCGGAGCCCACCGGCGAGCAGGGCGAGUACACGCUGUCGAUACCGGACACGAACGCCUCCAUGAACGACGACAUUUACACCGUGUCGAUAGCCGACGAAGAAGGCGGUCAGACCCACGAGAACUCCUUCACCCUGGCCAUUCCGGAGAAAAGCAAGAGCCUGCUAAACAAGAACGUGAUCGACAGGGACAUGGGCCCCGUCGCGAUCGCCGCGCCCGCGAUCCUCAGGCGCUCCAACUCCGACAACAGUGACAGGAAAGUGACCAACGUGAACGUUAAGAGGAGGAUUUCGCUAUGCAACGAGAACCUCACCGGCAAAGCGAUCAGGCUGCCCCUCGCCCAAGCGCGGGCGGACAAGAUGGACGGGCACGUGGACGACGUGAACGACGACCACCGCGUGCCGUCGCUGUUCUGCGACGAGAAGCUCGACAAGGACUUGGAUAUGAAGGCGAACGUCGGCGAUUCCGACCUCGACGAGGACAAGGAUAGGAUCAAAUUGAUCAGCGAAGUCAGCAACGACGCCUUGUACCACCCGCUCGACGGUUACAAGCCUCGGGGCGGUGUUAGGCAGAACAAAAGAAGCGAGCCCUCGUCGGAGGAGGACCCCCCGGGACUGAUAUGGAGCAACGGCGUCGCCCGCCUCCAGGGCAGCGGCCUGCAGUUCCAGACGAACGAGUUCGGUCUGAUCGACUUGGUCGACAACAGCUCCGACCACGGCACCGUCGGCGGCUCGGGGUCCAAGUACAGCGCGCAGCCGAAACAACGCUCGGAGGGCGCGUCUAAAGAGAAGAAGCCGCCCUCCCCCGAUGACUUGUACCGCUGCGAGGGGUGCGGCUGCCACGGCAUGGCGGCGGAGUUCAUCACGGCGAACGUCUGCAGCCUCAGCUGCCAGGCGGAGGUGCAGAAGGCGUCGCAGAAGAAGCGCGACCGCGAGCGCGCCGAGCUGGCGAAGAAGCGGAACAAGAUCAAGAAGCUGCUGAUGAGGAAGCAGCUGUCUGAUUUGGACGGGCAGCUGGACGAGGUCGCGUCGCUGAGGCACUUCGACACGAUGCCGGUGGAGACGCAGCUGACGGAGGUGAGCCUGCUGAAGAUCGGCGAGGAGAUUGAGGGGGACGAAAAGUAUCCCUGGAUGUGCGGCAAGAGCGGCUUCUCGUGGAUGCGCUACCUGGACACGUGCAAGGCGAAGGCGGCGCCCGUGAAGCUGUUCAAGGACCCCUUCCCCUACGGCCGGAACGGGUUCAAAGUGGGCAUGCGCCUGGAGGCGAUAGACCCGCAGCACCCGGCGCUCUUCUGCGUGGUCUCCGUGGCGGAGGUGCAGGGCUACCGGCUGCGGCUGCACUUCGACGGCUACGCGGACCUCCACGACUACUGGGUGAACGCGGACAGCGUGGACCUGUUCCCGCCCGGCUGGUGCGAGAGGAACGGCCGCCAGCUGAAGCCGCCGGCGGGCCAUUCGGCCGCCACCUUCUCCUGGCCCUUGUACCUGAAGAAGGUGCGAGCGAUCGCCGCUCCCAGGCACCUGUUCCCGCAUACCACCACCACGACCGUGAAGCCGAACGGGUUCCGCGUGGGCAUGAAGCUCGAGGCGGAGGACCUGCAGAACGCCAUGGUGUGCGUGGCCAGCGUGGCGGACAUGCUCGACCACCGGCUGCUCGUCAGCUUCGACAGCUGGGAUCGAGCGUACGACUACUGGGUUGACCCCGGCUCGCCGUACAUACACCCGGUGGGGUGGGCGCGGGAGAACGGCCACGCGCUCACGCCGCCCAACGACUAUAAGGAUCCGGAGCGUUUCACCUGGGAGGCGUAUCUGGCGGAGACGGGGGCGUCCGCAGCGCCCCCGCGCGCCUUCCGCCCCCGCGCCCCCCAGGGCUUCAAGCCCGCCAUGAAGCUCGAGGUGGUCGACCCCAGGGUGCCGUUCCUGAUCCGCGUGGCGACCAUCGCCGAGGUGAAGGGGCACCAGGUGCGCGUCACGUUCGACGGCUGGCCCGACGAGCUCUCGUGCUGGAUGGACGACGACUCGCCCGACCUCCACCCGGUCGGCUGGUGCCUCAAGACCGGCCACCCGCUCGAGCCGCCCCUCACUAUGGAGGAGCUGCGCGUGAGUGGGCCGUGCGGCGUGGGCGGCUGCCGUGGCCUGGGCUCGGUGAGGGGCGGCGCCCACAAGCAGCACGCGGCCGCCUCCGCGUGCCCCUAUCGGUCGCGGCUGCCGCUAGACCCGCCCGACCGCCUCGCCAGUGUGUCAGCUAAAUCGCACAAGUCUCAAGUACAGAGCGGCACUCCGACCAGUGACAUGUUAAAAGAAAAGUUACCAAGGGGGCGACCACCAAAACAUAAACGAGUUGAACUUGCAAAAAAUGAACAUGGCUCUGAUGAUGAAUCACUAUCAAGUGGUGCUGGUGGCACAGGCAGUGGGAUGGGAGGUAAGCGUUGGAGGGGCAGCACUACCAGCGAGUUGGCAGUGCGGUCGCAGGCAUGGCCCCGACCUGCCGUUCCGAGGGCGCUUCUUGCAGCACAUGUGGCGGAACUAUCAUUGCCAUCAGACCCAGUAUCCUGGUCACAGAGCGAGGUGGCGGCGCUGGUGUCGCGCGUGGCCGGCGCGGCGGCCGGGGCGGCGGCGGCGGCGGCGCGGCUGUCGGGCGCCGAGCUGCUGAUGGCCUCGUGCGAGGAGCUGGUCGCCUGCCUGCGGCUGCGGCUCGGCCCCGCCGUCAAAGUGUACGCGGCCGUGCGCCAGCUGCGCGACUCGCUCACG